AGCCUAACACUUCAAUAUCAAUGUCACAAAGUAGGCGUGUGGUUGUAACUGGUCUAGGAUUAGUUACACCGCUAGGCACUGGCGUAGCUCAUGCAUGGAAAAAGCUACUAAGUGGGAAAUCUGGAAUAAUUUCAACUAGUGAGCUUGCAGAUGCCGAUAAGUAUAAGGAUAUACCAGCAAAAGUCGUCGGUAAGGUGCCAGUGAGCGAAACGCAUACAAGCAAAACUUUGCCUGGAGUUUUCAACCCCGCCGAACGUUUUAGUACUCAUGAAUUACGGAGAUUCUCAUCAUUUAUUCAGUAUGCACUCGUAGCUGCGGAUGAGGCACUUAUGGAUUCGAAAUGGAAUCCUCAAGAAUUGGAAGAAGAAGAUCGGCUUAGAUCUGGAGCAUGCAUUGGAUCAGGCAUCGGGUCAUUUGAUGAUGCUGCCAACAACGCUGUCAAUUUUGCAACGUAUGGUUACAGAAAGAUCCAACCGCUAUUUAUACCUCGACUACUAGCAAAUAUGGCUAGUGGCAAUGUUUCGAUCAAAUAUGGUCUGAAAGGGGUGAACCACUCUGUCUCAACUGCAUGUGCCACUGGGCUCCAUUCUAUUGGGGAUUCUUUCCGGUUUAUCCGAGACGAUUAUGCUGAUGUUAUUGUUUGUGGAGCAUCAGAAGCUGCUAUAAAUCCUGUAGCGCUCGGCGGAUUUGCACGAUCGAAAAGUGUUACAGUUAGGUUCAAUGAUGACCCAGAAAAGGCAUCCAGGCCGUUCGAUAAAGAUAGAUCUGGAUUUGUUCUUGGGGAAGGUGCAGGCAUAUUAGUUUUGGAGGAGUUAGAGCAUGCACUGAAAAGAAAAGCUCCAAUUUAUGCCGAAGUCACAGGCUAUGGCCUCAGUGGGGAUGCUACUCAUAUAACUACACCAAGUAAAGAGGGUGAUGGUGCCAGACGUGCAAUGGAGAUGGCCAUUAGAAGGGCAAAUGUCGAUGCUGCCGAUAUCGGGUACAUUAAUGCACAUGCUACAUCUACCCUAUUAGGGGACAGGGCUGAAAACUUUGCUAUUAAAAGCAUAUUUGAAGAAGUGAAUCCUAAUUUAAGAGUGAGUUCAAAUAAAGGCCAAAUAGGCCAUUUAUUAGGUGCAGCUGGGUCUGUUGAAGCAAUUUUCACAAUUUUGGCUUUGAAAGGGGGUAUUGUUCCCCCUACAUUGAAUUGUGAAGAUCCUGGUACGAGUGAUGAAGAUGUCAAAACUGAUUUUAUUUUCGACUACGUGGCAAACAAACCUCAAGAAAUAGAGCUCAAGCAUGCAUUGACCAACAGUUUUGGGUUUGGAGGUACCAACAGCUCAUUAUGCUUCUCUAAGUAUAUCGAAUGAUACUACUAUCCUGUAUAUAUCUUGUAUGUUAAUUAUAUUUAGAACUGAAUGAAGACUAAAGUUUUAGUCAGUAGAUACCAGGAAAGAUUCUAUAACGGCUU